AUGGGAAACACAGACUCAAGAAAGACAUUCAAACACGGUUCUGUUUCAGUCACCCUGGACAACUAACACCUGAUGACUGGCGAGGUAGUCAAGGGAGAGGUUUCUUACAAGCUUACCUAAGCCUACCCAGGGGAACACCUGAUCGUGGAAUUCAUCGGUAAGGAGAAAGUAAUAUACGAGGGAUCAGACAAGAAAAAUCAUGAUCCAAAGCACUCUGGCAAGAUCGUCAUUAAAAAGGAGCUCAUUCGACUAACAAAUAAGCUGUAAAUCUUUGACAAAUUGAAAGUCGAGCCUGGCCAAGCCUAAUUCCCCUUUGAGUUCAAGAUUCCUCAAGAGUUACCCUCAAGUUUAUUCUUUUUGGGCCACAAAGAGGGCAAGAUCAGUAUUACCUAUAAGAUCGUAGCAAGAAUUGACGAGCCAGUCAUCAAUGGCAAGCAGCAAUUCAAGCCCCUGAUUGCCAAGAGAGUAAUGAUUCUUAGUCAGCCCCUAAGCAAGGUCAACUUCAAUGUGUCUAUGAAGCAAGAGAACAACAUCAAGACUCUGCUUUUGUUCAACGCUGGCAAAUCCAAGGUCGAUGUUACUCUCGACAAGGAUGCUUACACCACCAAAGAAACUAUCAAUCUCAAUCUCAACUUCGACAACAAGGAAUGUGACACUGAUGUCAAGAGUGCCAAAGUCAGACUCAUCAGAGAAAUCAACUCGGUAUCUGCUGGGGGUGUCGAGUAUUCUGACAAAACUAUCCUAAUGAAGAGGAAAUGCGAGGGAGUUCAUGCCAAAACCACUUAGCAAAGAAUAUUUUAGAUUCCUCUAGACAUAAUUGACUUCAAGCGUGAUUCGUUGCUUAAGGAUUUCAGAAAGAAGAGACAAUUCUUCUGUGAAGAGAUGAAUGAGUGGCUUUACACUCUUCAGCCCUCAACCAACGGAAGCUACUUCACCUGCAAAUAUUACGCUAAAAUUACAUUCAGACACUCUGCUGCUACUCUUGGCCAGAAACUUGGAGAAAUCUUUGUACCAAUCCAGAUCUACUUCAUCAGUAGCACCUUUGCUGGCAUGCCAAAGUAUAUUCCUCCCGCUGAUGAAGAAAUGGAUCAACCAUAGAGUCAGUCACUUGCAGAGAAAUAAGCUACCAAGGAAGAAAUUUUGCCUCCAAAUCCAUAUCUUAAUCACAUGAUGUAGCAAACUAAUGCCCAUCAAUAACCAAUUCAACAGCAAUAAUAGCUACCUUAACAACAAUACUAAUAUUCAUAUCAAGCUUAUGGUGGUCAGCAAAACCUCGCCUUCGGUCAACCAGUAGUCGGAAAUAACGGCUACAAUUUCCAAGCCUCUCAAACUGUCUCGAACAACUCAGGAGGUUCUUUGUAUCCUAGUUUGGACUUACCCCCACUUACUCAGUAUAACUAUCAGCCAUACUCAUACGGAGGUCAGCAACAACACUAACCAAGUCAAGUUCAGCACCAACCUUAACAAUUGACUCAAACUCUCCCAGCAUAUAACUUCAGCUAUUAAUAUGAUGAACCUGCUAAACAGCAACAAAUGCAACCAGCUAAUCAUUGA